GUCUCAGUAUCUAUUUAGCAGUUUCUUGUCACUGUUUCAAUAGUUUUCAAGAUUGCCAUAAUCUGAGACUUCUGUUGUCACUGAUUGUUGCUUAUUAUUUUCCUAAAUAAGAUAGUACACAAUAAUGAUUAGUCGAGUACAUAUAAAGAAUUGUCCAGAUAAGGAAAAUUGCUGCCAUUCCCUGAAGGUCAUGGACUGUGUUAUCAAUAUUGAAAAAUCAUUAAAUCGUGAACUGAUUUUAAACGGUCCCAAUUUCUUAGCUGGAUUAUUUCGUAUUACUCCUCGUAUACAAUCAAAGAUUUUACAAGCUGAGGAACGACCGAAACCAUCAUUUACUCAGCCAAAACAUAGUAGAUCUCAUGUGAACUUGUGUUCUCGAAUUUUAUCAGAAUCUGAUUGCUUACAUUCUCAGGAAUCCUUACAACUUUCUUCAAUUGAGGUGUUAAAUGUGCGUAGUGAAAAUAAUAAAAAAUGUAUUAAUGCACCAAUCAAUGAUGGAACUUUACCAAAUGCUGAGACAAUCAAAUCGGAAUUUCAUCAACAUGCAUGUAAAUCAACGCCUAAUCCUCCAGAUGAUGAGAAUAAUAGUGUUACUACCAGUCUUCAAAUUAUAAUAUCAGAGUCUAUGAAUGAAGAAGUUAAUAAUGAAUCAGCAUCAAUUGCCAAGAAACACAGACAAGAAUUGUUAAUUGCAUAUGAGAAAGCAAUGCAACCAAUAAUUUCAAUUGAUCUCUUACCAGAAUAUGAAAUCAAACUUUUAUCACUAUUCCAAUAAAACUAUUUUACUACAUGUUUUUAUAUAUUCCAGAUAGUUAAUGGGUAUUUUGCCUUAGUAACAUUAUAAUAUAAUAUCUUCAGACAUUAA